UGUGAUGGAGGGGGAGGCGUAUCUCGCUUCCGGUAGGUUAAUACGAGGGGGACCGAGAGCAAGGCACUUCCUUCCGUUGGCGUUUGGGGCUUAGGUGAGGUCGAAUUGGCACGGCGCGUCGCGCAUGAGGUACUCUAGGAGGGAACUCGAGCGAGUUGCUCUCAGGUCGGAGUUACGACAGCUUUUCUGCUCCCGCACAGUCCCGCGUACGAUCGUCGAUACUCCGCGUAAUUUCUCUCGCGCGGCUAAAACUUACAAAGUGCAUGCAGUUCCAUUGCGAGCGGCUGCUUUCCAAUUCAGCCAGUAAAGUGUGUGUAUUCAGCGGUGAUCAGUGAUUAGCGUUUGUUCGGUGGCAUGAGGUCUCGUCGGUUCGACCGGCUCCCCUGAUAAACAAAGAAUGCAAGAAAAAAAGAGGUUGGGCCUGAUGAAGGCUUUCAUGUGCUGCUCGAACAUCAUAUUUUUAAUGUCGGGCUUUGUGUUGAUGUCAUUGGGGGCACUUUUGCUGGCUGACAGCGACAGGGUUUUAUUGUCACGAUUGCUGGGAGCGAGUGACGUUCAUCCGGAGCAGCCGCUUUUUUAUUACGUCGCGCUCGUCGUUGUCGUCAUCGGUUUUGCUAUAGCCAUCACUGGCAUACUCGGAUGCUGGGCUUCGUGUCUCCACAAUUGUUGUAUUACCGCAACCUACGUAAGCAUCAUAGCGCUCCUGCUGAUCGGGAAGUGUUCGAUCUGCAUGAUCGUGGUGUUCUGGCCGCACCUGCUGGGUGUCAACGUGAGAGCGCCUCGUUUACUCAAGGCGUUGCAGCGGAGCUACGCACUUCCGGGCCGCGAGCAGUUCACCGCAGCCCUCGACCUCGCACAGACUUCCUUCUCGUGUUGUGGAAUAAAUGGAAGCAGCAAUUACGGGACUUCAUGGUGGCGGGUUCAAGAGCUCGGGCGCCGCGAGCUCAUCGUGCCGUUGAGUUGCUGCUUCUUGAACAAUUCAUACGACCCGGACGCCUUUCUCAAUCCCGAGCCGAGGAACCUGAGCCUCUGCCAAGCGCUCAAUCCCACGCAGCAUCAGCAAGCUCGUCACACUCCAGGCUGCUUGGACAUGAUUGAAACUUGGAUGCAAGAUCAGGCAUUGAUAUUAUUGGCGAUAGGGCUGGCCGUUGUUUUGGUUGAGCUAUGUGCCUUGCUGAGCACACUUUUGGCUUGUACCAAUCAAAAGAGUCGGCGGCAGAAGAGAAAGAGAGCUCAGACGUCAACGUUCACCUCGACGCAAACGUUAAGCCCUUUCAACGAAAUCGAUCACGAUUAUGGAAUAAACUGUGGAAGCUUGGAAAAUCAAUUAUCAAUGACAGUUGGGAGCAGCUUUGCUGGAAAGUCUUGAAGAUGGCUCGAGGGCAGUGAGAAUUCGUUAAAAGCGAAUAUGGCGUAUAAUAUGAGGAACGAAAACGCGAAAAAUGAAGUACAAAAUGACUCUAGGUACUGGGAACAUCCAAUAGAUGUACCUAACGAUGAUCUUGAGAAAUAUUUUUUAAAGCAGAGCGCUCUAGAUAGAGAGGAGAACGAGCGCGCGGUGUUAAUAAAAUCGUUUCAUUUUCCAAUUGGAAAUAAAUUGAAGGGAGACUUUUUAUCGGGAAAGUCAAAGAAAAUAAUGAGCAUUUCAACGUUAAGGCCGUCGCAACGGCGUAGUCGACGACGUCGCCGACAACAGGUGGAUUUAAAUUUUAGUGCCGAUUGUAGCCUACAAGGUCAUUAUAAUUUUAUAGAAAAUGCGUCCAGUCUUCAUUCCAAGAGCGGCAUGAGAACGCGAAAGUCAACGAAAGCGAUUAAAAAUACAAUUACAGAUAAGCAGUCGAACACCUUGAAAGCCGUGCAAAAAUCCGGGCUCGUUAACACGAAAAUAAGCAUAUACGAAAAGAAUCUUAGCUGCGCGAAUGACAAUUACAAGCAAUCGCGCAAUGGUAAACGAAAGAAAGCAGUACUCGGUGUACCUUUGAUAGGGAUGCGCGAGUCAGAAACUAUCGUCACAGCCUCGUCUGCCGACACAUGGAAGAAUUACGGUACUAAGGAUCCAUUGCAAUUAUAUAUAACGAGUGGUAAAGCCACAAACGCGCCGCAAUCAGCUUCGACGAUUAAUCAGCAGAAGCUAAGAGAGCGAACGACAACUAAACGGAAAGCGCCGUCAAUCCCAAAAUCUAAAUCGGCAGUGCAGACAAUGCCAGCAUUUAUCAAAGGGACUCAAACUGCGAAUGAUUUCAAAAAUUCGUCCAUCAAUUCCACGGUCACUCAUCCCGUCAAAUUUACAAGAAAUCCUUAUUUGAGUACCAAAGACGAGCAGUUAAGGCAUACCAGAGAUUUUCAUCAAUUGAGCGGAUCAAGUAAAACUUCAUCGGCGCACAUUCAGCCGCCGUCCACAUUUGUACGAUCGUCAAGCCACAGUGGGAAAAGAAAAACUCUUUAUGCAAAAGACACUGACAGAGACGAAGCUAUCCGAGUUUUAACUAACCUGUGCCUAAAUCCAUUGGCGAGAAAUAAUAAAAGAGCCUCUUUUAUGAUGUGGUAAUUCCAAGUUUGAUCUCCACUAUAAUUGUUAUUUAGAUAAUCGUAUUAUUAAGAAAUUAUUCUUACUGCCCUUGUUGAAGCCAAAACACGUUUAAACAGAAGCGUAUUUAAGUAUAAGAAGAGACUGCAAUAUAUACGUAAUAUAUAAUAUAUUAUGUAUAUA